CUCAAUCCAAAUCGAAGGUUCCUUCUCUUUUCUUGCUUUCUCCUCUCCCCCAAAUCACAACUUUUUCUUCCUUAUCUUAUCUCAAUUCCGGUGAAAUCUGCUGCCGAAGCAGUCGAAGUUUCCCCUCUCGCGAAGAUGCCGGCGUGGUGGAAGGGGAAGUCGAAAUCCAAGUCGAAGUCCACACCCAGCCCUCGGAGUAAGGAGCCGGAGACGCCGCGGACGCCGAGGGCGACGGUGACGCUGCCGCCGGAUGAGGAGCUGGUGGGUAGACAUGGCACUAAGGCGAAGGCUCAUAGCUUUGACGAGGCUCUCCGCCCUAGGAUGAGCGGAAACCCUCCUCUUCUUGGCGGCGGCGGCUCCGGUGGAAGGGGAUCUGGAACGGGCUUUGUGUUUGGUCACCCGCUCCCGCUUCCGACCUCGAUCCCGCCACACGGCGUGUCGACCGGGUCGGCCUCGGCCUCGGCCUCGGCGUCUAGCAUCAGCUCCUCCGGCUCCUCGGAGGAGACGCCAGAUCUUGGGAUCUAUAGGUAUUCCGACCCGAUCAACACGCCGAGGGGAAGAAACGAAACGCAUGAUUCCCGAAGGCGUGAGCAGACGGCAGAAGAUAUGCAACUCUUUUCAUGCAGUCCAGUUUUGGAGCAUCCUAAUGGUGGAAAUGCAUAUUCUCAUGGUCGAACUUUUACAGACACCAUAUUCAGUAGAAGGACUGCGAGUCCUUCACCUGGCUUGAGAGGGCAUACUUUUCCUACAUCACCUGUGCAUCCCAGUUCAUUCGGUAUCGGUCCAGCAUCCCCAAACUGCUGGCAGGACAAUCUGAGGAGCCCACCUCAUCCAUUGCCUCUUCCUCCAAGCUCUCCCAGCUGCUCUUCUGCUUCUCCAUCUUCGUCUUCUUCACGUUCUCCUAAGUCGCUGUGGAAGAAGGGAAAAUUAUUGGGCAGGGGGACCUUUGGUCAAGUCUAUGUUGGAUUCAACAGUGAAAAUGGGCAGAUGUGUGCUAUUAAAGAGGUCAAAGAAAUUUCUGAUGAUGCAAAUUCCAGAGAAUGUCUCAACCAGCUAAACCAGGAAAUAGCCUUGCUUAGUAAGCUCUCACAUCCUAACAUCGUGCAGUACUACGGAAGUGAACUGGCUGAAGACACACUCUCAGUUUAUCUUGAGUAUGUCUCUGGAGGUUCUAUUUACAAGUUACUUCAGGAAUAUGGUCCUUUUGGGGAAUCUUUAAUCCGCAACUACACUGCUCAAAUCCUUUCUGGACUUGCCUACUUACAUGGGAGGAAUACUGUGCAUAGGGAUAUUAAAGGAGCAAACAUACUGGUGGAUCCUAAUGGUGAAAUCAAACUAGCUGAUUUUGGCAUGGCUAAACAUAUAUCUUCUUACACUUCAAUACGUUCUUUCAAGGGAAGCCCUUACUGGAUGGCUCCUGAGAUUGUCAUGAAUAGCAGUGGCUAUGACCUCUCAGUAGAUAUAUGGAGCCUAGGAUGUACAAUUAUUGAGAUGGCAUCUUCAAAGCCUCCCUGGAGCCAGUUUGAAGGGGUUGCUGCGAUAUUUAAAAUUGGUAACAGUAAAGAUAUACCAGAAUUCCCAGACUAUUUUUCUUCUGAAGGAAAGGAGUUUUUAAAGCUAUGCUUGCAGCGUGACCCAUCAGCUCGUCCCUCAUCAGCGCAGCUGAUGGAUCACCCUUUUGUUCGAGACCAAGCAAUAAUUAAAGCUGCAAAGUUGAAUCUUAUCAAGGAUGUGGCCUAUUCUACCUCUGAUGCAAGUCAUCCAAUGAAACAGAGCACCAUGGAGUUCUCUUCCAAUAGGAGUACUUCUCCACUACAUGAUAGAGAUUAUGGAAUGAGACGAGGAUCUGGAUUACGAUUGCCAAUUCCUAUGGCAUGCCAGAACCCGAGCGAUUUACCCAGCAUGAGAUUGAACAUGUCUCUACCUGUCUCCCCGUGUUCUCUCUCACCCUGUUCCAGUCCAUUAAGGCAAUUCAAGCAAACUAAUAGAAGUUGCCUGCCUUCUCCUCCUCAUUCAUAUUAUUUAUCUGGAGCAGCUAACCAGAGCCCAGUCAAAUCAGCACUCUAUCCAACCAGACCAUGCAAUAAGCUUCCAGAUCCUUGGCUCGAUAUCGCGCUGUUCAAGCCGCAAGCACCAUACGAUUCUCCUCGGAGAUCGAACAUGGGUUUGUGAAGCCAAAUUGUGAAUAUACGAGUUUUUGAUCGGGCAACUGCUUGUGGAAGGGUUGGAACAUUAUUACUAAAAUGUUCAUCCUUCAUCUUGUUCAGCUGACCACUUGGGUAGUAUCAUGGGAAGAUUUCAAAUAUGAUCUUCAAGCUGGAAUGUUAGUUUUGUUUGAUGUAGUUGGUUUUGUUGAUAAAGAUGUAGCAGUAAAGUACAAUCAGAUCUCACAUGUUGUAUAGAGCAAAUUUGUGUUCAUAGCAUGGAAUAACUAAUAGAGUGUUCAUGCAGAAAAGAAAAAAUGAUAUGGAAAAAAAAA